AUGGAGCCCCCGGACAGCGCAAUUGCAGCCAAGGUCCAAAGCUUCAAAGAAUGGCUGAAGAACAGCUUUUCUGUUGACCUUGAGGAUCUGGGGGUUACGCUUCGCUGCGACCAGUUUGGUGGAAUCGGCGUCUUCGCCUGUCGAAGGCUGGGUCCCGGUGAUCUUCUGGGGAGGAUUCCACUGGAGGCCAUCCUGCAUGCCGGCCAGGUGCGAAAGUCCUCCUUUGGCGCCAAGGUGUUGGCGGUCAUUCCCGACAUUCCUGGCGAGGAGCUGCUAUGGUUGUACAUGAUCUGGGGUCGCGAGGAACCAGAAUUGUGUGGGUGGUAUCCCUACCUGCAGAUUCUACCGCCCAGCGAUCCGCUGAGCUGGUACUCCGACGAAGAAUCGUUGCAGUGGCUCGUGGGCACGCCAAUGCUGCAGGAAGCACAGCAGGCGGUGGCGGACCAAGUCGAGAGGCAUCUGAAUGUGGUGGGCAGGCUUCAGAAAGCCGACCCAGCUUUCUUCACCUCGCAUCGAUUCAGCUUAGAGGCCUGGAGAUGGGCAAGGUCAUGCUACGUUUCGCGGGCGUUUGACCGACUUGCCUUCGCUAUGUCAUGCGAAUGGGAUUCUGACGGCCUUUGUCCCUUGUUGGAUUCCAUGAACCACAGAAAUGACGCUGAAGUGGAGGCUCGCUUCGACCAGAACGGGGCACGGCUCCAACUGCCGACUGGAGCUGUUGGCUACCAGGUGGGGGAUGAGGUGCACCAUCUGUACCAGAGAAACUGUUCCAACAGCAGCCUCUUGCUCCACUACGGCUUUGCUUCCUUCAAGAAUCCGAAUGACUCAAUCAGGGAAUUGAAGUUCAACCUCAUUCCGGGGACGGUGUCGCAGCGGCUUAGCGUAUUGAAUACCACAAUGCCAGAGCUGGAAGCGUCAAGUGCUGGAGAUGUCGUGUGCAUUCACUUGACCCAGGGCCUGACGCUUCAGACGACGGAGCUCCCGCUGCAGCUCCUCAGGGCGGCUUCGUUGCUACGAUCUGGCCGCGACUUCGAGGAGCGGCAUGCAAGCUGCAUGGACAAAGCCCGCGUGUGCAAUUGGCUAACCAGCGCGCUCUGCAAGAUGUUAGACCAGAUGCAGGCCUUCUCAAAGGGAGCUGGUCUUGGGAGGUUUCCUGCGAUGGUUCUUCUACGGCGCGGGCGGCUCGGCCGGUUCGCAUUCUCCGAGAGGGCGAGGCAGAUCCAGGCAGCCCGCCCGACUGCAAGAGUCGUCGUGCUACCGCAGAGCGCAGCCUCGCAAGCCGCCGCGAUUUAUGCGAUUACGGCAUAUUGCAUCCUCAGAAAGGCCGCGCAUGUUGCCGAAGACUCUGCAGAGAUGGCCUUGCUGGCAGCAAGAAUGGAGCGCCGCCAGCAGCGCGAGACAUCAGCAGCGAGUGGUGCAGAGAGCGCCUGA